AUGUCGUAUAACCGUAUAGAAGUGACCGAGGCAAUGCGGCAGCGUUACCUGAGGUAUGCCACACACGUGGGCCGAACAGGCAACGCUGCUUCUGCUAACGGGCGUAGGCGCGUAGGUACGGAGCAGCAGCAGGCGAACCAGGCGAAUGCCGAGGGGGCAGCCACGGUGCAGGUUGGGGCUGGACGGGUACGAACCCAUGACCGGAACAUACACCAGAUCCUGGAAGAGGACACGCCGACACGCCGCGGCAACUUGCCGCCCCACGCCGUGAAGAUCCUCAAGUGCUGGCUGUACGAGCACCGCUACAACGCCUAUCCCAACGAGGUGGAGAAGCGCAUUCUCGCCUACAAGGGUAACAUCAUGGUGCAGCAGGUGAACAACUGGUUCAUCAAUGCACGCCGCCGCAUUCUGCCCGGCAUGAUACGCCGCGACGGCAACAAUCCGUCGCACUUCACAAUCUCGCGUCGCAGCAAGAAGACGACGCAGAAGAACGCCGAGAACAGUGCCAAUUCGGAUAACGACAAGAAAGAUACUCACCAGGAUGCGGGCUCUCCAGAUGCAAGCUCUCCAGAUCCGGAACAGGUCGAUGUUGCCUCGAAGGAUGUCCCUAUGUCCACAAACAGCCAGACGUAA